GAUAUUACCUUACUAAUGUUACAAGAUAUCUUGCGCGUUUCUCUUGGCUUUCUAGUUCAAACCUAGACUUGGAAGAACACGGUCGUUAUUAAUUAAUUAUCAAUUUGUUUCCAUCAAUAUAAUAGUGCAAAUAAUGGUUUUGGUUAUGGAAGGCGCUUCAGCUCCCGUCUUUACCCCGUUUGACCAAAGCGGGAAUGUCAACUAUGAUGUUAUACCGAAGUACGUCAAGUAUUUAAAAGCCAACGGGGUUGACGGAAUAUUGGUCGGUGGCACAACAGGCGAAGCGACCCUUUUGAGUAUGGAAGAGAGAAAGAAAGUAUUGUUAACUUGGUUGAAGGAAGCGAAGCAAUUGAACAUGAAGGUCAUAGCGCAAGUCGGAGGAGUUCCUUUACCAGACGUUAUUGAAAUGGCAAAGUUUGCUGAACAACAUAGAGCAGAUGCCAUAAUGACGCUACCUGAACUCUACCACAAACCAAGAACGGCAGAACAAUUGGUAUCUUAUUUGGAGAUCGUGUCGAAAGCGGCGCCAUCUUUGCCCCUGAUUUACUAUCACUUUCCUAUGAUGAGCGGAGUACAUGUGAAUGUAAAACAAUUAUUUACGCUGGCUACAAAGCGAAUACCUAAUUUCAAAGCGAUGAAGGCUGAUCUGGAGGUGGCGAUGGAAUUGGCCGAUUUGGUGCUGCCUGGUCAAAAGAUAAUUAUAGCUAAUCAUCAUUUAGCUCCGGCAGUGUACAUGGGACAUGAAUCCAGCGUAGCAACCGUCACCAACAUGUUCCCCAAACUAGUCCAGGAAGUGAUACGGGCUGCCAAAUCAGGAGAUCGCAAUGCCCCUGAACUACAAUACAAGCUAAACCGUUAUGUUGAUGCUAUCAUUGCUGGUGGUGACUUCUUACCGGCCAUGAAAGCAGCAAUGGAGAUGAUAACAGGAAUUCCAGUCGGGCCCGUGAGACCGCCGCUAACCCCACUCAGUGAUGAACAAAAAUCGCGCCUGCGCACAUCUUUACUUGCAGCUCAAAUUAAAUUGAUAUAAAAGUUAAAACUUUAAAUAUAAAGAUAUAAAAAUU